AUGGCAACCGCUCAGACAACGUCAAGGAAGAAAACUGUUCUGACGAUCAAAGAAAAAUAUCUUGCUUUGAAAGAGCUUGAAAAAGAAGGAACAACUAAAAAGUCUAUUGCUAAAAAGUAUGGUGCCCACCUAACACACUUUCAUACUGGGUUAAGAAUAAAAGUGACAUUUUUACCAAGUAUGAAUCAGGCCAUUUACAAGUGGUUCGUUAACGCUCGUGAAAGAACUGUGCCGAUUAGUGGUCAAAUCAUUCGAGAAAAAGCAUUGGAUUUUGCAAAGCAAUUCAACGAACCUGAUUUUAAAGCUUCAGAAGGCUGGCUAGACAGAUGGAAGUACAGACAAAACAUCAUUUACAGAAUUAUUUCUAUGGAGGAAAAGUCUUGUACACCAGGGAUGACAGCAAGCUGGGAAGAAACACACCUGCCAACCAUUUUGUCACGCUAUGAUUUACAAGACAUUUUCAAUGCUGAUGAAUUCGGCUUGUUCUACCAGAUGCUUCCAACAAAUACCUAUCAUGCCAAAGGUGAAAGAUGUGCUGGUGGAAAGUUCAGCAAAGUUCGUUUAACAGGACUUGCAGCAGGAAAUGCCCUAGGUGAAAAGUUGCCCAUGUUCGUUAUCGAAAAAUCGGUUACACCGCGCUGUUUCAAAGGAGUCAGAAGUCUUCCCUGUCAGUACAAAGCUCAAAAGAAGGCCUGGAUGGAUUCUGAAAUCUUUACCGAUUAUGUGAAAAAACUCGAUGUUAAAUUUGAAACUGCGGGUCGAAAGAUUGUCUUGAUAAUUGACAAUUGCCCAGCUCAUCCAGAAGUCACUGGUCUUAAAGCAGUAGAAUUAGUUUUUCUACCACCAAAUACAACGUCUAAGACCCAGCCCAUGGAUCAAGGUGUAAUCCGAGCAUUGAAGGCAUAUUACCGGUCAAAUCUUGUGAAACGUCAAAUAAAGUUCAUUGACGGCGGUAAAGAGGUCCCUAAAAUUAACAUUCUUGAAGGGAUGCAAAUCUUGGUCAAAUUAUGGGACGCUGUUUCAAAAGACACCGUUAAAAACUGCUUUAAGAAAGCAGGCAUCUCAAAAGAAGCACAGAUCACGAGUCUCAAUGAUGCUGAUGACCCAUUUAAAUCUCUUUCUGACAGCAUAAGCGAGUUGAAAAAAAGAGAAGUUGACGGCGACAUCUUUAACGCAGAUGAUUUUGUGGAUAUUGAUUUUGAGGUAUGCACGAGUAAAUCAAUUGAAUUGACUGAUAAGGAAAUCGUGGAAAUCGUACUUAAUGAGGACAAAGAUCAAAACGCGCCGAAUCUCGAAGAUGACGAUGAUGAUGAAAUUGAGGCACAUGACAUCCCCCCGAAGAAGCCAAAGCAGUCAGAGUUGGAAGAGGCCUUAGAAUUGUUGGAAAGAUGGUUUUUGUUUGACGAGAAUGGUCUUGAAAUCAGAAAGCAGUUAAACAUGAUAACACGUACAUGUCAAAAACACUACAUCGAUAGUAAAAAACAAUUCUAA